AUUGAGAGGAGAAGGAUAGCAUAUAUAAGGAUUAUUCAGGAUGGGUUUCGGUGAUUUCACUGAGAUUUGUGAGAGGGCACAGUUGCCGCUGUGUUCGUUGGUGGGUGGAUCACAAGGAUUGGAGGCUACGUGUUAUGCGAGAAAUAUCGAGUUGGCGAACACCAUGAUCUUCCAAGUCGCUACCGAUUUCGUUCAUCUUGGAGCGUUGGUCAUGCUCGCUAUCAUGAUCUUCCACGUCCGACAAAAAUACACCGCCGUCGGCCGAAAAGAGAUCUUGCAUUUCUUUUUCAUGUUUAUGGCGCUUACCAUUCUCUCGCUUCUUCUCGAUGCUGGUGUCAUUCCGCCGUCGUCGCCUGCGUAUGCGUACUUUGUCGCGAUCCAGUGUGGACUCGCGAGUGCUACAGCCUGGUGUCUCCUCAUCAAUGGUUUCGUCGGGUUCCAGUUCGCUGAGGAUGGUACACCUGCCUCGUUGUGGUUCUUGCGGUCGACGAGUGCGGCGAGUUUCACCUUGACGUUCGUCAUCUCGCUCUUCACCUUCCAGUCCUGGGCAAGCUUCGAUAACACCAAGACGAUGGCGUUGUUCAUCGUUCUCUACAUCCUCAACGCAGUCUUCCUGGCCAUCUAUUCCGUCCUCCAAGUCGUCCUCGUCCUCAACACCCUUGAAGACCGCUGGCCCCUCGGCGACCUCGCCUUCGGCGUCUUCUUCCUCAUCGCCGGCCAAGUCCUCCUCUACGCCUUCUCCGCCGACAUCUGCGAAGGCGCCCAGCACUACAUCGAUGGUCUCUUCCUCGCGACACUCUGUAACCUGUUGUCUGUGAUGAUGGUCUACAAGUAUUGGGAUUCACUUACGAAGGAGGAUCUGGAGUUUAGUAUUUCGACGAAGGCUACGAGUUGGGAGGUGAAGGAGUUGUUGCCGGAGGAUGGGUAUGCGGCGCCGUAUGGGAGUAAUUAUGGGAGUGAGUAUGGGAGUACGCAUGCGCUGAAUACGAGGAUGAGUACGGCGUAUCAUAAUGGAUACGGCUAUUGA